AUGGCCAAGCAGAGCAUGGAUAAAAUCAUAGAGAGUAGGUAGGCACUCCUAGUAAAAAAAAGGAAAAUGCAUGAAGAGCAGGAAAACGCAUGAGGCGAAAUCGCAAUUUGUUUUAACGUUGCUCCUGAUUGGCAGAGAGGAAGAUGCAAGUUUUCUUGACAAAUUGCAGAGCGUGUUGAAACAAAGCAGUCACGGAUUACUUUCGCGACUCACCUCACUCCAAUAAGUUACCUAACAAUUCAAUUAUCCUUCAAGAAAUACUUUACUUCAGGGACAACUGCCUUUAACCCAUAACAGUGCAUCUAAUAAGAUAAGCAUCUAAUUUUUACCAACAGUAUCACCCUUGAAUUAAAUAUUAAGAUCAUGAGAAUAGAAGAAAUGAUCGUAAACUUAAGAAGCUCUUGAUUGUUAAAGAAAUUCUCCUUUAAGUACCAUAGGAAAUGUAGAGAGAACAGUUUGGAGAACUUGCAUACUGAUGUUAAGGUGUAAAAGGUUACAUGUCUGAUCGAAAGAAGUGCAUUAUACUUUGUGAAUUUUUAUUUUCAAAGCAGAUAUAAAGUAAACCGUUCGACGAAUAUAAUUUUCUUUAAAUCAUUGAAUCAGAUUCUUGCAGGAUUCUGAAGUUCACCGAGCCCAUGGCGGACAACGCGUUACGAAAUCACGUUAUACAGUUGGUACAAGUUAAUGAUAAAGAUCAAUGUGAACUACUCUGUUAUUUGGAGCAGAUGUGCCUGUCUUUCAAUUUUGGAUCGGGGAAUUGUGAACUUAGUAACUCAGAUCAUUAUCAACAUCCGGCAGAUUUGGUUUCCAGGAUAGGUUUCUCGUAUCAUCCAACAGCUGUAAGUGUACUUACAUGCAUACACACAAGCGUUUGACUUGGUGCAAAAGCAAUUUCACUAACUCGUCAAUCAAACUUGUAGCGUAAUCACAACUGACAAGGUUCACACUUGUAAUCUUGUGAUAAGCACAACUGACAAGGUUCACUCUUGUAAUUUUGUGGCUGAGCUCUCAUGUACUAAAUGAGGAGUUCAAAAGAAUGAUCAAUAAGCACUGACACAUUUUGCUGCUCGAAUCACCGUUAUAAUUUUAAAUAAAUAUUAUGACACCUACGCAAAUGAACGAUAAGACAAGGCCAUACCGCGGGAGUACUGGUUUAGCUGAGUUGAGAAAGUGACUGAUCUAGAAUCAGAACUUGAACGAGAAAAGGGAAAUAUCCUUUACGGUGGUUAUGCCAUGUCAGUUCACAUUUGUUGUCCUGAUUCCGAUGUACGAGAACAUGGUUUACCGAAAAAAGCAUUCAGCUCACUUUCCCGCUGGUGAUUCACCUACGCUAGUACGCGGUUUAAGUACUGUUCGAACACACAUUUUCAAAAUGCUUUCAUAUCAUUACCACGUAAUAAAACCUUAAAAAUGUAACAUCAAAUAAACGUGAUAAAAGCUGAAAAAAAAGGUGAACAAUUCAUAUAAUUUUUGCGAAAAACAGGCCUCGUCGGAAAAAGAUGAAUUUCUCACUCUUCCCUCCAACAACGUUGGUUAGUGCAACUGUUGAAAUUAAUCAUUUUGUGAGUUUAAGGUCACGCCCAUCGGUUUUUGAUUGAAAAAUUUGUUUGAUUUGUUCCAUCGACAGAUACUUUGCAGCGGUUUACUUUGUCCACCAGCUUCAUCCUGUUUACCAAAUCACCAAGGAAACCUUCGUUGUGUUUGUCCUGCUGACUGGGCUAAUGCAACUAACUGUGAAAGAGGUGCGUUGUUUCGAAUGCAAUCUAUCAGGAACUUUUACGAAUCUCAAAUGGGGAAGGUUCAGAUUGAUAAGACAUACUCGUUCCAGUAAGAUUUCGUAUUUACUCUUCGAUCUAAAUUUUCUGACGGCUUCCGACUAAGUUUGUGUAGCGAUUUUUCACUUUUCAAAGGCUUGUUUUGUUCGCCAAUGAAUAUCUUGUCUUGCUGUUAGUUAAAAUCGUGAAAUAGUUUUACUAUUAUGCAUUUAUGCUACAAAUAUGUAACUAUUAUCAUUACGACUAUUAGCCACAUCAAUACAUUUAUCCCCAAUACUUAUUUCAUCAUCAUCACCGUCAUCACUAUUGCUAUUGUCUUACGUUGCACUAACAUCCAAUAAAUGCAAGAAAUCCAUUGAUCGAAAAGAAAACUUUCUGUAUGAUGAAUUCGGAGACCAGGGCUGUGUCCGAAAGAGAAAACACAAUCGACAUCGGCACAAUUUCUGAGUUAGCCAUGAAUAGGGAGUAAUCUAAAUAGUUUGUCCCCCUUCCAUAAGGUAGUUCAUCCUAUUUCUAUCCGAUUUAGAUGCUGAUGAAUGUAGCUCUGGAUCACAUUACUGCUCCUGCUCAUUGUAAUGACACCGUGGGCUCAUCCACUUGCACCUGUAAGAGAGGGUUCUCAGGCGCAUUGCUCCUAUAACACCGACAUCAAUAAUGUCAGACAAAAAACAAAAUAAAUUUCAAACUUUCCUGGCCGGAAAAUGGGGAUAAAUUUUUAUGCUAAGGCUUCUGGGGAAAAUCACUUUUUACUAUUCAAAAAUGAAGAAGUUAAAAGUGCUUUCGUGAAUUUUUUAUUCCUUAUUUUAUCCAAUAUAGAUGCCGAUGAAUGUUCCCUUGGAACGCAUGACUGUUCCGCUGACGCGUAUUGUAAAGACACCGUGGGCUCUUUUAAGUGUACUUGUCGGACAGGAUUCACAGGAGACGGCAGGAUAUGUCGAAGUAAGAUUCCAAUCAUUGUUCCUAUCUUUGGUCACGAUAUGUGACAUUAAUCAUUAUCUAUGACGUUUUUUCCAUUAUCAUUUUUGUUUUUCAUCCAAUACAGAUGUCGAUGAAUGCUCCCUUGGAAAACAUAACUGUUCCGCUGACGCGUUUUGUAAUGACAACUUGGGCUCAUUCACUUGCACUUGUGUGUUGGGAUUCUCAGGCGAUGGCACAACAUGUCAAAGUAAGAUCCAUUUGAAUUUUAUCAUUUACCAGUCAAAAAUAUCAGACUGAUUAGAUAUGAAAUGGUCCGUAAAAUAUUAAAUGAUCAGAAUAAUUGUUCCAUAUUUUUACUCCCGUAGAUAACUGAAAUGAUAUCCACAUAGAUAUUCAAGAGGAACAGGCUUUCAAGAUGUAGUUUCUAAAGGUUUUUUUUUGUCAAUUUAGAUGUUGAUGAAUGCACCCUUGGAACACAUAACUGCUCUACUGACGCGUUUUGUAUUGACACCGUGGGCUCAUUUAAUUGCACAUGUAGGACAGGAUUCACAGGCGAUGGCAGAACAUGCCAAAGUAAGAUGGAUUUCAUUUUUCUCGUUUCUUGAUUUCAUUACACUGAUAUCAGUAACUAAAGGAUAGUUAAACAUAAUUCUUAAAGUUUUCUGUGUCAACCAAAAUCAUCCAGGAAAGUCUUAAGAAAUAAAACUCAUUAACAAUAAUAUCAAUAAUAAUAAUAAUAAUAAAAUUACAACAAUAAUAAUAGUAAUAAUAAUAAAAAACCUUGCUGUUGGCAUUGUCAACCAGGCGUCAGUUUUUCAAUCUUGAAAAUCUCAACCGUCUCUGCAUUAUAACACUUCCAAAACAAGAAUUCUUCCUACCAGCGAGAUCGACGAAGAAAAAGUUGGCUGUAUACUAGCCAGACCGAGUUUUCCACUCGACGCCUCGUAAGCUACCGGAACCGAUCAAUAUGUUUUCUUUCCGCAGCGACCAAUGAGUGUGUUGCGGAAAACAAUUCAUGUCACGAGGACGCCGUGUGCACAGACACUGAAGACGGCUAUAACUGUACGUGCAGUCACGAUAUGAUAGGGAACGGAUCCUUAUGCUUGGGUUAGUCGUAUCCCGAUAAUUUAAAAUGGUAAUGGACCGAGUGGAGUCCAAUUCUGUCCAUAAUUAUACGAGUGAUUGACAAAAUCGGACGACUGCAAAGCCGGAGUCUGAUUUGUCAAUCACUCGUAUGAUCACAGACAGAAUUGGACGACACGAAGUCCUGUUACCAAUUAAUUAUGAUCCAUGAUCCAUGCUGUUCUCUGUACAUUUCUUACGGUAAUUUAACGGAAAUUUCUUUAACAAGCCAAGUGUAGAGCUUCUUGAGUUCAUUAUCAUUUCUUCCAUUACAGGAUUUCCUUUUUACUGGACACUUAAUGGAUCUGAUCCGUUCAUAAGGUAAGACGAUGAAACAAAUCCGGAAACGGCGCGAUGGGAAAACGCUUUGAAUUCUUUCCCCUUCAUUAUUAUACUCAAAGGAAACAUCUUGUCGUUUCCCUCCAGUUCUGUUUAAAAACAGAACUAUCUCGAGUAGCUAUUUUCCUGCUCACUGGGACUCAGGCUGGUUUGUUGUGUAUGAUUUUGGAAUAACACUGUUAAAAAUUUUGAUAAUCAUUAAGAAAGUUGCCUAUUUGCGAUAGGAUUUUCUCGCGCUCACUCACAUGAAAAAAGGACAUAUUUGUUUUCUUAGACAGAAGAAAGACAUUGCAUUAAAAGGAGUUUGCAGCACAAACAUGGCUGUUUUUGUAAAAUGUUUCAAACUAAAAAUCUCAGUUUUAACGGGAGAAAAAUUUUCGUUAUAAUUUGCAAUUAUUUCAAAUCUAGCACACACCUGAUACACGCACAAACUUCCGCCGAUACAAUUACACUUUAUAUCUUUAUAGAACAAUAUCCUACCACACGUUGAAAAAUUUACAGAUUUCAGAGACGAAAAUUCUGUCUAAUCCGUAUUAUCUCGAAUGGUUUAAAAUGGCGUGAAUAUCAUGCAGGUCAUUGUCCAUGACCUACACCAGAAAUGCAUUAUAAACAAAUAAUUUCCACUAAAAAUGACCUAAACCCAUGUCAUUUCCAUCUCGCGGACAGAUUGUAUAAUGGUACCACCUACAAAAGUAUUGAUGGAACGACAGCCCUGUAUUUGGAUGGACAUUCAUACGCAGAAACUCCAGCACUCCCAAUCCAGACCACCAGCUUCAGUAUCUUGUGCUGGAUGAAAGUUUUAAGCCUUCCUGCGUAUGUUAUAAACAUUUACUCUGACUGGUCUUCACCCCACCAGUUCAGGUUUGGCAUGAUACAAGACAGUUUGUGCGCUAACCUCCGCCGAGAUUUUCCUAAAUCCUCAAAUAUUGUUUAUUUCUGUGGAGGGUGAGCAUCAUACAACACACUGAUCAGUUCAUAUUUUUGUAAAAAGGAUGAAUCAGCCUUUUCAGUUCUUGCUCUUUUUCUUGUUCUGGUUUUUUCCCCCUAAAUUUUGGAGCAGGGCGGUGAGAAAAUAAAUAAAAUUUGCGGAAAUAUUUUGUUGAUAAGAAAAGACCGGCGACGUACAACUUUUGUACCUCGCACAAACAAAAAAAAUCCACACUAGAAACGGACUCUCUUUGAGCUCUUUACUGUGGCCACAAAAGUAUACAAAAAAAGGUCCAUAUGGAAGAAAAAGAGAGGGGAUAAAAUCAAACUCACUGACUAGUGAGUUUAUUUCUUCUGCUUAAUAUGGACCCCUUUUCAUUGUUUGUAAAAACUAUCCAACUCUGAAUGGCUGAGAAAAAUUACAUUCAGUAUUUCAUGAAUCAACAUUAACAUUUAUAAUUUUCUUUCCUUCCGUAAGGCAUAUCCACCGGAACAAAUGGAUGCACGUCGCAUUCACAUGGAGUCGCGAAGGACUUCUCGGAAGACUGUACAUAGACGGAUUCGAAGAAGGCAAACAAAGAGUUCUUGGGUCAACUAUUAAUUUAGAUCUCAACCCCACUGGCCACUCUGUGUUUGACAUCGGGCUCAAACGGGAUUCCUCGUUUCAACAUACUUUCCACGGAUUUCUAAAGAAUCUCAUGGUUUUUGAUGUGGCAAUAACUGGAUUAGAAGUGAAGAAAAUUUUUACAGACGGUUACACGGCAGCUUAACAAUACAAGCAAUAACAACUG